GCCAAGUAUAGGCUGUAGAAAGAACAUGUGAUCACAUAACAGGGUCUGUUGGGACUUUCAUCUGGCUUUAGGAGUGUUUGAAAGUGUAGACUAGAAGCUAUCUAUUAUUUGAAUUAUUAGGGUGCUGGUAAGAAGGGAAAGGAGAAAGAGCAAUUUAUUUGUUUUGCUGUUUCUCAGAGUUGGAGUGUCUGUGAUUUUGAGAGGCAAAAAGUUUGAACUUGAGAGGGUCUUGCCCUAAUAUGCUGAUAUCCCUGUGGUGAGAACUAUAACUGAAACUGACAACUGGAGAGAGUUGAGUCCGAGGUCAUCAUGAUACUACCUGCAGGUUGCUGGUUGAAUUUUGGGCCAAAGGCUGCUGAGUCAGGAGCCCUCUGGAUGCGCUCUCUCUCUUUCUCUAGGCUGGAUAGAGUGACAGCCUCAUGGACAAAGAACUCCCCUCAAGUUUACAGUUCCAGACCAAGAUAUCUUUCACCAGGAAAAUUUGGAGAAUUGGACUGUACCUCUUGAUCAUGGGUCUGUGCUUUGAAGUGUUCCACUAUAUCACGACGGCUCACAUGUAUUUCAGGAAGGACAUCUGCAAGAAACCACUGGCAUGGAAAGAACCAUUGGGAAGGUUGGAUCCCUCCUGGACUCCCUUCCUAACUACUGAAGAAUUGCAUCUGACCCGUCAUUCCCAGUCAAAGGAGCUCUUCCAAAACAACCUUCCUUUCGGGUUAAACAACACAGUGUUUCUCGCAGCUGAAGUUCUGCUGCUUCUGCCCCAGCAAGGGCUGCCGAAGUCCAUUAAGAGGUUGCCAUGCAGAAAGUGCAUUGUUGUUGGAAACAGCUUCUCCCUCCGAGGCCGAGGUCUGGGGCAAAAGAUUGAUUCUUUCGAUAUCAUCAUAAGAUUGAACGAUGCUCCUGUGAAAGGCUUCCAGGAGGAUGUCGGGGAGAAAACCACCAUCCGCCUCUUCUUCCCUGAAUCAGCCCUGCCCAAUCCUCUGGACAACAAUGAGGAAGAUACCCUGAUGGUUCUUGUGCCAUUCAAGGCUGAGGACUUCAUAUGGGUCAAAGAGAUACUGAGGAAGACUCCCUCCAAGACUAGCAAGGGGUUUUGGAAGCCUCCUCCACAAGUUUGGAAUGGGAAAGCCUCCCACUUGAGAGUCCUGAAUCCCUUUGUCACCUAUGAGACCACAUACAUCAUCCUUAAGCUAAGGAAAUCCAGCCAGAAAUGGUCCACCACGGGGUUCAUUGCCUUGAAUUUAGCUCUACACAUCUGCCAUGAGGUCAGCAUUGUGGGCUUCGGUUACCCUGAUAUCAACGACAAUGUGACUCCGGUGCAUUAUUACAAAAAUGAUUACGUGAGCAGCCUUAGGUUGAUGCCUCAUGAUAUCCCGACGGAGCAAAUGUGGCUGCUGAACUGGUGAGAAAGGUCUCAUCUCUGACUUGUCCCUCACUGCCUCGUGGGUCUGGGGUAACUGAGAUUCCAGGACCCUCUCCUCUGCCUCCUGGCAGGAUCUGGCUGAGAGCUGUCCUUGGCUCCUUGAGAAAUGCCACUGGAUUGGGUGCAAAGUUUUUUCCACUUGUCUUCCUGGUCUCAAUGCUGUCUCACUUUGUGACCUGAGUUCAUCUCCCCCUGCUCCUCUGAGCUUUAGUUUCCCCAAUUGUUUAAUAAGGAGUUGAUCCCGGGUCCCACCCUACUUCACACAUCGGUUGUGAGGUGAAGGAAGAUGGCCCUGAUGGGUGCUUUGUGCUCCCAAAAGUAAAGCCUUAGAUUAUUGUUGGUUUAUACAAUAAUAAAAAAUGUUAGCUGUGUUUGUCCUUGUUUCCCAAGACCUCUGCCACCACCAAAAUGGCUGAUCAGAGGUUUCUGGGUAAGCAUAGAGAGAUUUUCCCUCUUCACAGAGUGUUCUCACUCCCUCUCUCCCUCCAUUUUCUGCCUGUUCUUGCGUUAACUAUUUAAUUGAGAUGUUUAGGUCUGUAAUAGCACUGAGUGGCAAUAUUACACCAGAUUUCUCCAUGGAUUUGCUAGUGAGGCGAAGCUGGAAGAUGAGGCUGAUCCAAUUAACUGGGCUACAACAUCUGCAACUUGUCAGAGAUGGAGAUUUUCUAUGAUUUUCUAAAUCUUGAUUUGUUCUAUGCAGCAUUCAGGGGUGCUAGUGUUCCAAUAAACAUUUCUUCAUAAAAACAUUUUUCCCGUGUGCAAAUGUUGCAGAGAGAUAGCAAUUUUGGAUGCGCAAAUGUAAAAUGUUUAGUAUGUAACUUCAGUCUCUCCCCUAUUUAUUUCUGGGUUUAAUUGAGAAGCCACUUUGCCCUUGGUUUUAAACUGUUGAUGGACUCAUGACCUCACUAAUGUGAUUUCAUGGCAA